UUUCUUGAUGAAACUAAACCCUCUCACUUAAUUUUCGACGUGUCAAACACAAUCUUUCUUCACUUUCCAUCUGCUCCUCUAUUUUCUCACAAGCCAAAACCUGGCGAUCUCUAUACACAAAUUCUUCUCCUUCUAUUCCUCUUUCCCAUCCACAUGUCAGCCACUGUACACCUUCACUCAGUUAUAAUUAAGGAAACAAGUCUAUAUCUGUAAAGGACCAUAGUGUCACUAUAAUGUAACCCUAGUAGUCUCUGUAUAUAUAACUCUCUGUAUUCUAAAUUUCUAAUAUACAAGCUAUUACAUUCUCUAUAUGGUAUCAGUUUUCUUACAUAAAAAUUAAACCCUACUCAUCAUUUGAGAUCCCAAAACAAGACAUGGGUUGCUCACAAAUCUUAAUCAGUUUGUCUAUUCUGUCAUGUUCUGCCUUAAUCUUAGCCGGUGAUUUCAGACAAGAUAUUGACAUUAUAUGGGGAAGCAACAAAGCAAAGAUCCUCGAAAACGGUCAAGCCAUUACAUUGUCUCUUGACAAAGCUUCAGGCUCUGGUUUUCAGUCCAAGGGUCAGUCCUUGUUUGGUAAGAUCUCUAUGGAUCUCAAGCUUGUCCCUGGAAACUCAGCUGGUACUGUCACAUCUUACUAUCUUGCGUCUAAAGGAACGAUGUGGGAUGAGAUAGACUUCGAAUUUUUGGGGAAUCUAAGUGGUGAUCCUUAUACAGUCCACACAAAUGUUAUCACACAAGGAAAAGGUGAUAGAGAACAACAGUUUCGUCUCUGGUUCGAUCCCACCGUUGAUUUUCACACUUACUCCAUCCUCUGGAACCCUAAAACCAUAAUAUUCUAUGUGGACGGUACACCGAUAAGAGAAUUCAAGAACUUGAAAACGAUGAACGUAGCUUAUCCUGAGAAACAAGCAAUGAGACUCCAUUCCAGCUUAUGGAACGCAGAUGACUGGGCCACGAGAGGUGGGCUCGUGAAGACUGACUGGUCCAAAGCGCCUUUCACGGCUUCUUACAGGAACUAUAAGGUUCAAAACUGUGAAUGGUCGGCCCCUGGCACUAAUGUAUCUUGCGGUGGUGAUGGUCCAAACUCAUGGCUCAACGAAGGGAUCGAUGAAAAUAGCAUGAAGAGGCUUAAGUGGGUCCAAAGCAACUUCAUGAUCUACAACUACUGCAAUGAUGCUAAAAGAUUUGGCGUAGGGUUGCCUACUGAAUGUGCUGUUAUGAAUUAAAAGUACAAAACCAAUAACAAAUAUGAAAAAAUAUCAUUAUAAAGAAGGUUCACAUAUAAUUGUUACGCAAUGGAAUUAGUGGGAUGAAGCCAGUAAGGGUAAUGGACCAGCAAGGGUUUACCACGUGGGGGAUCAAAGGAACGGACCGUACCGGAAGCUAGAUUGUAA